AAUAGUUAAACACAAACCCCUUCUUGUCAGUGCUCCAACAUGAUCUGGUUUGUGGCUUUUCUGUCCUGCAUUGGGCUGACUUGCGCUGAAGUGCCCUUCAACUAUAAUGUGCACAAUCAGAGAGUUAUAGGAGGCCAUGACGCUACACCCAAUACAUGGAAAUGGCAGGCGUCUCUGCAGUAUGACUCAUACAAUGAUGGUUCAUUCUACCACAUCUGUGGAGGCUCUAUUGUUGAUAGUUUCCACAUCAUGACAGCAGCUCACUGUAUCCUCAGCAUGGAUGCUAGUCUGUACCGGGUGGUGGUGGGUGAGUAUAACCUGUAUGAGUAUGACGGCAGUGAGCAGUUCGUCCGUGUGGAGACAAUUGUUGUCCACCCUGGCUGGACUGGUGACCUUGGCAACGGAAAUGAUAUUGCUCUUUUGAAAUUGGCCAAUCCCGUGUAUGACAACGGUUACGUGGCAAUAGCUAACCUCCCCUACCCGGAACAGAUGCUUCCUCAUGGCUUCACCUGUUACAUCACCGGUUGGGGAUUAAUGGAUUACUCAGGGGGCGUUCCUGCCGUCCUGCAGGUGGCUCCCAUCGCUGUGGUGGAGCAUUCGGUCUGCUCCCAGCCUAACUGGUGGGGCAGCCUCGCUCUGAGACGCAUGGUGUGUGCUGGGGGGGAUGGAGUCACAUCCGGCUGCCAGGGUGACUCUGGAGGUCCUUUGAGCUGCUUUAUUGAUGGAGCUUGGAGAGUCCACGGUGUGGUCAGUUACGGUCCAGCCGGCAUGUGCAACCAAGAGUCCAAACCCACUGUCUUCACCAGGGUGUCUUACUUCCAAGACUGGAUGUACUCAGUCAUCCAGAGUCUAUAGAUGCUUUUUUUUCUCCUUCAACUGGAAUGUGAAAUAAACUCAAUCCGUCAUA